AUGGUGACACUUGCAGAGCUAGCAUCGGACAUCCAGUCCCAGGUUAAGGUCAUAGAUACCUACCUGACCGAACAUAACCUCCCGCAGCCCACAUUCGCGCCAGACAGCCCGAGGGAACUACCACUGGACGCCAAUGUGCAGCGCGCCAGGCUCCUACUGAUCGAGAAGGCCAUGGCCCUCUCGAACCUCGCCAUUGGCGCUGCUGAUAAUCUUAGGUGGCAUUGUAUGAACAACAAAUUCGACGAUAUGACCCUUCACUUCUUGGCCCGCUACAAUAUCUUCGACGCGGUGCCUCGAGAUGAACCCAUUUCAUAUGCGGAGCUGUCGAAGAAAGUAGGUCUUGCGGAGCACCGACUGCGUCGUAUCAUGAGCAUGGCCUACACGCAGCACUAUUUCUGCACGCCCAAGCCGGGCUUUGUAGCGCACACGAGCAACUCGGCUAUGGCGAUUGGCGAUCCCUUGGCUCUGGCGUGGAUUCUCCAUAACAUCGAAGAGGUCCAGCCAUGGUACUCGAACAAGCUGGUCGACGCGACCAUGAAGUGGGGGGAUAGCAUUGAUCCCAAGCACACUGGGCCAAAUCUCAAUGCCAAGCCGGGCGAGGAGAAGCUGUUUUACGAAAUAAUGGAGGAGGAUGACCAGGGCGAGUGGAAUGGUGUCAAAGGGAAGGGUUUCCGUCUUUGGAGGCUGUAUGAUACAGACAAGUUCUUCGGGACCGGUGGCGCCAUCAAGGGCACGAACUUGCUUCGCGCGUUUGACUGGGGUGGGCUUGGUAAAGCAACUGUGGUCGAUAUCGGUGGCAUAACAGGCCAUCUGGCCUCCACGGUCGCGUUGGCAAAUCCUGACCUCACCUUCAUUGUGCAGGAGAGGAACCAGCCGUGGUAUGAGAAGCAGUUCUACGAGCAGCUCCCUGCUGAGCUCAAUGGUCGCGUGAGCUACAUGCCACACGACAAGUACGCCGAGCAACCAGUCAAGGGCGCCGACGUCUACUUUAUGAGCACCGUGCUGCACAAGGAGCCCGACGACAAGGCCAUCACCAUCCUGCGGCGCUGCGUCGAGGCCAUGGACCCGAAUAAGAGCCGCCUUCUGACUCGCGACAUUGUGAUGGACGGUGGUGACCCUCCAGCGGAGGAUGCCGUCAUUAAUGGAAGGGCAAUCAACAGUAAGGAGGGGUCGUAUGAGGCUGGUCUUGGACCCACUGGAGUUAUCACCAGGCUUAAUAUUGGAAUUGACUUCCAGGUCUUAGCGGUAGUAAAUGGCUUCGAGAGAACGAGAGAGGAGUGGGUCACUUUGUUCAAGAAGGCGGACCCUAGGUUCGCCCUGAAGGGAUGCAUCCAGACUGUUGGAAACUGUGCUGCUCUGAUGGAAUGGAUUUUGGAGGAGUGA